UGCCAGUCAAUUAAGUGGGUGGCGAUUGAACCGCUUGCCCCGGCCAUUGAACCCCUUGGGGCUUGCAAAGUUCCUGGACCGCGACGAGAAACUGAAAGAAUCAAAACCGUUGCCCGUCAGCCGUGACAAUAAUGAGAGCAUUUUCAGUCAGAAAAGAAGAGGAUGGAGUUUACACGAACGUUUAAUCACCAGUUGGGCGUUAGAAUGAAAACCAUUCAGGCAAUGUGGAAACAAAAAUGUGCAUCUACGCUACUGGUCAUCUUCAAGAUCAUCUUUCCGUGUUGUUUGCUUUUUCUACUGGUCUGGACAUUGAACGAUGGAAGACGGCAAUUGGUUGCAUCACCAGGACGAGAGACAAACACAUUAGAUCCGUCCGAUGGGCAAGAUUCAGCCGUUUGCACGGGGGACCUUCUCGACCAGCGUCACCAUCGUUAUGAAAAAGAAACUGAUGGCAAUUAUCGAUUCACGUCUGACCAGACUGGACCGUGUCGACUUCUCCGGUACACAACUGAUCGCACAGUCCCGUGCCUUGAUUUGAUUCGCUAUCAAAAGCAAUUGGCCGGUGAUUUGAGUAAUAGAAACAACGGCUCAUUGCACUUUCUGUUUAUGGGUGACUCGAGAGUUCGCCAACAGUUUUACAACUUUGUCGCUUUGAUUCCAGACUAUGAUCAAAUAAGGAAGCCCAUUCAAAAUUCACCUUCGUUUCACGAUGAAAUGGAAAUCACGAGCAACAUCCUCAAACUGCGACUUUCGUACAAAUGGCGACCCCUCAUCGAUGACAAUGUCACUGAAACAAUUCGUCGAUGGGCAACUUUUGACCCAAUUGAGCGGCCUCAUCUCCUUUUUCUCAGUAUAGUAGUACACCACAUGCUGGGAACAAACGGCGCUGAUCAUCGACUUUACGAGGAGAAUUUUACUAAAUUCGCUCCAGAGCUGGGCCGGUUGGCAAAAUUCUCCCAAGUGAUUUGGUUCAAUCAAUAUCCAGUCGAGGAACUACCCGAGAAAAUUCACGACCACAACACGUACAUUCAUUCAGAGAAGAUAGUCAACUACAACAAGGCCAUUCGACGUCUGUUAGAGAAUGAAAAUAGUAGCAUCCGCAUAUGGGAUUCGAGUGAUCCAUUGGCAGAAGAGUACAUCCGCUCAUGUGCCGCCUUAAAACGCGAUGAGAUCGUUCACGUCGAUCGUCGUCCUUACCUGUUCAAAGAUGCUGCCUUCGCAGAUUGCAACGACUUUAUUCAUACGGGUUAUUCAGCUCUUUCACAGGCCACUAAUCUUUUGUAUAAUGACAUCUGCAAUAAUGUGAUGGAUUACCAUUGAUCCUGAAUUCCCUCAGCACAUCGACCUGUUAUCAAUAAACAGGCUAUUCAUUUGCCUGACAAAAAAAA